GCGUUGCAAGUUAAAUGAACAAUACAAAGUAAAGAGCAUCGCACCCUCGAAUCUUGUAGUGUGGCCAGUCUUCUCCCGAGACGUAGCCUGAUUUCGUGGUUCUGUGUGCCUGAUUUCAUCGCAUAGUGUGACAUGUUAAAAGCGUGGAGGAAUAUCUGAGAAUUGUGUAGUCUGAACCAGCCAUGAAGGAGCAGGGAUCCUCUCUGGGUGAGUCCAGUCACCAUAGAAGUUAGAACGUAUCCAGUCACCAUAUAUAGGUGAACUGAGUUUAGGAGUGUCCAGGGGCCCCUGAAGGGGUCCGGCCGUACCAUGAAGAAGUCUGAACAACGGGAUCCAUUCCCUAAUAUAGGCCCACUGUGUAGGGCUACUGAUACUGUACGCUCACACACAUCAGUACAGUAGGCUAUACGCUUUCGUCUGAAUUGCUUCAUGGGACCAGGAUAUGGGGUUGAUGAUGUGAUAUCUUUGAUAUGUCCAGAAGCGAAACUUAUAGAAAACUGAGGAGCCACAACCAGUGCGGGUCUUUGCAUGUGUUUGUGUGUGGGUGUGUUGGUGUAUAAAGGAGCUGGAAUCCUCUCUGGGUUAGUCCAGUCACCAUAGACAGGUGAAGUUAGAGCUAGACCUGUCAGUCACCAUGGGGGUGAAGGGCUUGUGCUCGCUGCUGGAGGACUACAGCCAGAUCUACCAGGACAUCCACUUCAGGGACAGCAAGCUACUAGUGGACGGCAAUAACCUGGCCUACUGGCUGUAUUUCACGUCCAACCUGGACCAGAACCACGGCGGGGAGUACCUGGCCUUCCAGGUCCAGGUCCAGGCUCUCUUCAAGGCUCUAGGUGACUGUGGGAUCAAACCGUACGUGGUGAUGGACGGAGGCUCGGGCGCCAGUGACAUCAGGCUGGACACCAGGAUGGACCGGGCCAGAGGGAAGGUCCGGAGGGCCCAGUGCGCCGCUCUGACGGGCAGGAGGAGGGACAUCCUUCCCAACUUCAUCUUGUCGGUGUUCGAACAGACGCUGAGCGAUAUGGAGGUAUCACUGGUCAAGUGCUUCGGAGAGGCUGACGGCCAGCUGGCUGCCCUGGCCAAAGAGUGGUCCUGCCCGUUGCUGUCUGGAGACACUGACUUCUUCAUCUUUGACCUUCCAGAGGGGGUUCUACCACUGCAUCACUUCCAGUGGGACUCAGUUAAAACAAGUGGGGCCAGGAGGUACAUCCCCUGCAGGCGAUACACCACGUCCAGCUUCUGCACCUUCUUCAACAUCGACCGCCAGCUGCUGCCCGUCUUCGCAUCGUUGGCAGGGAACGACUACGUCAACCUCAAAGAAAUAAACUGGGACCAUAAUGUUCUUGCAGGAAGACAGACAGAGUUGUCUCAGACCGCCCGCCUGGAGAGACUCCUGAGGUGGAUGAGAGGCUUCCAGACGACAGAAGACACCUUGACAGCAGCAAUGGAUCUAAUGCCCAACAUGAGUCAACAGGCACGGACGCAGGUGCAGACGGGGGUGCAGAAGUCCAUGCUGGAGUACCGGCUCCCCAGCUCCUCUCUGCGGGGGUUCUUCAGUGAGGGGACCGCACCGUCGCUGCCCGCUGAGAUGUUGAGCUGCGUCCCCGACUGGGUCCGUGCGCCCCUGGCCAAAGGAGAGCUGGGGGCUGACAUCCUGGACCUGUUGGUGCACAAGAGGAAGAUAUUGCCGACCCAGGUGGAGCGCAGCAACCUACAGAGCUCUAACCUCACCUCGCGGUCCAUCCGGCGGGUGUUGUACGGGCUGCUGCUGGGCCAGGAGGGCGAGGUGGAGGAGCGGGACCGGGACGGUCUGGAGCUCGCCAGUGUCAAGGUGCGACCGCUGGUCCAAGGAGCCGCUCAGACGCUGAGGCUGGACUCUCUGCCCCGGGCAGACCGCGCUGUGAGGCUGCAGGUGUGUCUGGAGACGCUAAGUGUGGAGGAAGAGGCGCUGGAGGGAGUUCCGGCUCACCUGCGCCUCCCAGUGGCUGUGACCCGCUACUGGCUGAGGAGGGCCAGCCCUGAGCCGACGCUCCUCAAAGCUCUGCUGAUGGUCAUGGUCCAAGGAGAAGUGAACCGACGGUCAGGAGGGACAACAGGCUGGCAGGGGGUCACCAGCCACAACCCUCAGCCUCUGGACGGUGUCGUUGCUCACAGCUUCAACCAAUGGCAGGCCUGCCUGAAGGACGCCUCCCAGCUCAACCUGCUGCUCUGCAAGCCCCUCCCUGAACCCCACUACGCCUGGUUGUACCAGGGCAGGCUGGUGCACCGGCGGCAGAAGCAGCUCCAGGAGAGGGAGCCAGAGGACAUCGUACAGGGCGACCAGUUCAGGAGACUGUACAGGAGGCUCCUGGGAGCAGUGACCCAGCCAGACCCCGGGGCCAACAGGAGAGCUGGGGAGCCUGAGGCCCAGCUGAGGGCCAGCAUGGAGCACCUUCAGCUCAACACCCAGGAUGAUCAGGAGGAGGAGGAGGAGCUGGGCGGGGCUGAAGGCCUGGAUCAGGGCUCUGAUUGGCCGAGGGUGUCGGUUAGAACACGCUUCAGAACAAAAGACAGGAAGGACCGGUCCAGAAACCCAGAACUGGGGAGGAAGCAGGAGAGGGAGGGGUGGUUGUGAGCAGGAAGGGGCGGAGUUCCAGAGAUGGGGGCAAUAGGGGUUUUGCCCC